CACGUGACGUCACGGGGCAGCGCCACUCCUGGCAGGACGUGGAGCGCUAUUCCACAAGGAAAAAAAACACACACCAGAAACGAUGACUCGUCCUGGCUUCAAGUGCCAAUUUGAUUGGCACUAUUUGACGUUGUAAGGUUUACUUGGAGGUAGCUCGUUGGGAGAAAUGACGUUCCUCUGUCAGUUAGCGCUUUUUUGGGAAUUGGCUGCAAUUCCAUGGAUGGCGAGCUAAGCUAACCUAGCUAGCAAAGCCAACCUAGCUAGCAAAGCCUUUGCUCGUCCAUUUAGCCAUCCCAGUCCCCCACCGGGGGCGCAUCGGUCUCUUGUGUGCGUUGUCAUAGUUAAUGGCUGUCAUUUGAAUCAGCGUCUGACACCGGGAGAUCCUCGACGUGUGAGUGCGGGUAGAUGGACGUGCUGCAAGCCGCUUGUUCCCAGCGGUACGCGGGCGGGCAGUGUCGGCGUCGGGGAGGCUAAGCCUGCAGGAAGCUCGGAUCAAAUGUGGCGGAGGCGGCCAGCAAUGUCCCGCUGUGUCUCUGGGACGCAGCCUGUAGCGUUUUAUUAAAAAAAACGACCUUUUCUUUUUAGUUAAGCUUCGUGGCGGGGGGAUUGAUUAAAAGUCAUACAGGGAAUCUGAUUUGACACCCCCCACCUCCACGUUAGCUUGUUAUAACAUUAGCUGCUUUUAGCGAACAAGCUAGCCACAAUCACCCAAACUCAUUUUCGCUGUUUUUGGAAGGAAAGUGGUCUUCCCAGCAUUUUGCAAGUGGGAACGUCGCUUUUUACUUUUUUCCAAUCUUCAGGCAGGCUUUGCACACUGACAAUUUGCAUACGACUUAAGUCUUAGCUGUCAAAUAUUUGUCAGUUCAACGAGCAAAGUAGCGAGCUCCAUUGGACCUGCAGGAAAGCUCCAAGAGAGGAUUACAUUGGCACCCACCGGGAGCUUGCCUAGUAGUAGUAGUAGUAGUAGUAGUACUAGCAGUGCUGCUACUGCUACUACUAGUAGUAGUAGUAGUAGUGUGUCAGUGCUGUUUGGUCUGAUGCGGUGAUGACUCUUGACUCCAUGAUGGCUUGUUGCCUGAGUGAAGAGGCGAAGGAGUCCAAAAGGAUCAACUCGGAGAUCGAGAAGCAGCUCCGGCGGGACAAAAGAGAUUCUAGGAGGGAGCUGAAGCUUCUUCUGCUGGGCACCGGCGAGAGUGGCAAAAGCACUUUUAUCAAGCAGAUGAGAAUAAUCCACGGCUCGGGUUACACGGAUGAGGACAAGAAAGGCUUCACCAAGCUGGUCUACCAGAACAUCUUCACGUCCAUGCAGGCCAUGAUACGGGCCACGGAGACCCUCAAGAUACCAUACAAGUUGGAACAGAACAAAAGUAAUGCGCAGCUGGUGCGCGAGGUGGACGUGGAGAUGGUUUCGUCCUUCGAUCAGCCCUACAUCGGCGCCAUCAAGACGCUGUGGUCUGACCCUGGCAUCCAGGAGGCCUAUGACCGCAGGAGAGAGUACCAGCUCUCCGACUCUACCAAAUACUACCUUAGCGAUCUGGAUCGUAUUGCUGAAUCGUCCUAUCUGCCAACUCAACAGGAUGUGCUUAGGGUUCGUAUCCCAACCACCGGGAUCAUAGAAUACCCUUUCGACUUGCAAAGCAUCAUUUUCAGGAUGGUGGAUGUGGGAGGUCAGAGGUCAGAGAGGAGGAAGUGGAUCCAUUGCUUUGAGAACGUAACCUCCAUCAUGUUUCUGGUGGCGCUCAGCGAGUACGACCAGGUCCUGGUCGAGUCGGACAACGAGAACCGCAUGGAGGAGAGCAAAGCGCUGUUCCGGACCAUCAUCACAUAUCCGUGGUUUCAAAAUUCCUCCGUCAUCCUCUUCCUCAACAAGAGGGACCUCCUGGAGGAGAAGAUCAUGUACUCCCACCUGGUGGACUACUUCCCUGAGUUUGACGGUCCCCAGCGAGACCCUCUGGCGGGUCGGGAGUUCAUCUUGAAAAUGUUUGUGGACUUGAACCCGGACAGCGACAAGAUCAUCUACUCCCACUUCACAUGCGCCACAGACACGGAGAACAUCCGCUUCGUCUUCGCCGCAGUCAAAGACACCAUUCUGCAGCUCAACCUCAAGGAGUACAACCUGGUUUGAUUUCGAAGCCGCCCGGCGGGGGCAGAGGGAUGGAAGGCCACGCCCCUGCAGCACGCCCCUCCCUCACAUACACAACACUCUCGUUAGCUUCGCUCUUCACUCGCCCUUCCCCGCCUUGGAAAGGCUCUGUUGUCCGCUUAUAUCAGUGCGGGUGGGACACCUUCUUCUCUGCAGUGGCGGGGUGUUGCAGGGGGAUGCCAGCCGGGCCACCCCCACUUGAAGACUUUACGCUUUAAAGGGCUCUCUCCCACUGCAGCCAGCCCCGCCAGACAAAUACGCUAUCUGCCAGCCCGGUACUUUGUGUACUUGAGUCAUCAUUUGCUUUAUUGCUGAUACGCAGAAAUGUAAAUAGUUUGGCUUACACCGUGUUAGGGCUACCACACACACACACACACACACACACUUGCUUUCAUUCUCUUAGUCAACACCACUACAGGUUAUAGACACACACGCUGCUCCUCAUGCUUCAAGUCAUUUAUGAACAAACAACACAGCAGCACCACAACACAACCAAUGUUGGAAUAGCAGGCACACCACCUGACCAGUGGAAGACACCAGCCAGUGUUUUAAAGCGCAUGCAGAGAUACAUAAAGCUGCUGGAUGCUCAUGAUGAGGGGUGCACGAUAGUUCAGGGAAUUAUGAAGUCAUGCCGAUAAACCCCCUCACCAUCAUUUCAAUGAGGCCAGAUUACCCGUACUGUGCUGGUGAGCAAAGCGAGCUCUCCGGUUUUCUCCUGCCUAACUUCCAUGGCGCUCACUUGUAAACGAACCAUUCACUGCCACAGCGUUUGGAAAGUGUCAAAGGUUUCCCAGAGACCUCAGUGGCGUCACGCCGGUUGCUCAGAGCAUGUGCCCCAGUACAGUGCACCUUGCUGGGCUACAGCAGGUUAUCGAUAUCGGCUGCUGCCCUCUGGUGGAGUAAGAAAGGUAAAUCGGGAGGUUGCCUGUAAUGGGCAGGUUAUUGAAUGGUGUAGUCAGUUUCAUGUGUCAUACGUGAGUGGAAAGUGUAGAUAACCAACAUGACUUGUGUUGGACCAUGAGGAGUAAACACCUCGGCAGUAUUGCUUUAGUGGCUGACAUCCAAACAAUGAUGAUGACGUUAUUGAUUGUUCCCCUCCCAAGUACCAAGUACCGCGUUGCCAAUAUUUGAUCAAGUACUAGAGCAUACUGUACGUCCUUCCAGUUGUAAUGUUGGAUACAUGGAAGACGUCCACCUCCUUUGCUGCUGCUGGCAAAGGAGCUUUUCUACUGCUGUAAAAAAAAAGCUAUUUUCUGGAGAAGUCUUUUAUCUUUCUAAGCGUUCUUCUUCCAUUUCAGCUUUGCGCUUUGUGCAAAGUCAUCAUGUGGAACAUUGGGAAGGGGUAUAGCAUUUGGUGGAACACCUUUCUGGGUUUGGGAAAGGAAUUCAGGUAGGUUUAGUCAUCCAAGGGCUCAGAGUGGGGGGGGGCAUCGAAACCACACAUGCCUACGUGACAUUCCUGGUGGCUUUUUUGGCUUCACAUUUUGCCUUUUGUACAAGACAAGCAUGGUAUUGCCAAGUGCGACACGUCACUUGUUGGCCCGGGAUGAGGAUUUUGGUGCACGGUACCAUGUCGGCCAGUCACCAUAACCCUUUUGGCCAGGUGAUAAUUGUCCUACAUAUGUUUGCCGAUAAACCAUAUUAUUUUCACGUUUUAUGGCAUAAUAAGGAGUACACUGUGCCAAAAAUAAUACAUGCAUUUCAAAAGCAAAAAACACCCUAAUGAAAAGAAUGCUCAGUCGUUAAUGGAUCUUUAGCAACAUGGUGUGUGGAAUAUGCUGUUGGAUGCCUUUGGUUCAUGGUCAGGUGUUCUACUCGAGGAAUCACAGCAGAUGAAACCCAAGACUGAAGUAGACACCAGAAGCAUUGCACCGUGGAGCACACCGCGCACACACACCUAGCAAGUUGUGCGUAUGCUAGCGUGUAGCGCCCCGCCUCUCCCCACCGGGACAAAGCGCCUGAAUGACAGGAGGGUUGACAUUCAGCUAUUGAACCAACACGCUCAGCUGUUGAGUGAACCCUCUUGUCAUCCAGCCUGUUUGAUAGCGAGAGAGUCAAUACAUUGAAGCUGGCAAAAUUAGUGACUUGGUUUUUAUUUAUUGUGCGAUGAAUUGAUUUAUUGGUUAUGGUGACAGGCCUAGGUCCAACAUUCCAACAUUUAAAGGGCCCGUGCGGCACAUGUCGUCAUAACGUCCAUUCUCAUGCGAUUUCCUCCCGACGUGCGACUGCUCUUGUAGGGAUUUCUCUCUAAUGAUACGACAAAACGUCCCAUACAGUGGAACCUCUACCUAAUCACAAUCCGGUUUAUUGCCAUAUACAUCACCCCAUACCAGGACGUUGCUCUGGUGGCUUGGUGCAACAAGAAAACAGUCACCAAAAGUUGAAGAUGGAAAUACAAAUAUAAAAAUCUAAGUAUGACAACACAACCGUUGGAGUUCAAUAAAACCGUUGGAUUCCAGCAUUAUUUACAGGAUGGUAAUAUACAGUGAUGAUAAACUUAGAAGCAGAAAUGGACCGCUCUGGUGUGAAAAAGUGAUUAGCCUAAAGCUAAUAAGUAGCUGGGCCACCCUUAGCAGCAACAAGUGCAACCAAGCCUUUGUGAUAACUUGCAAUGAGUCUCUUCCAGCUGUGGAGGAAUUGUUGUCAUUCAGCCACAUUGGAGGCUUUUCCUUCAUCAAGGCCUUUUGAAGGUCAUGCCACAGCAUCUCAAUAGGAUUCAACUCAGGACUUGGACUAGGCCGCUCCAAAGUCUUCAUUUGCUUUGGUGGACUUGCUGCUGUGUUUUGGAUCAUUGUCCUGCUGCACAACCCAAGUUGCUUUCAGCUUGAGCUCACCCGCCGCACAUUCUCCUUCAGCACAAUUCAUGCUUCCAUUGAUCACAGCAAGUCUUCCGGGUCCUGAAGCAGCAGACCAUCACACUACCACCACCAUAUUUUACUGUUGCUAUGAAAUGCUUUUACACCAGACGACAGAGUAUUUUCCCAAAGGUCUUGGGGAUCAUCAAGAUGUUUUCUGGCCAAAUGGAGACCAGCCUUAAUGUUCUUUUGUUCAGCAGUGCUUUUGGUCUUGGAACUCUGCCAUGCAGGCCGUUUUUGCCCAGUGUCUUUCUUACGGUGGAGUCAUGAACACUGACCUUAACUGGGGCAAGUGGGGCCUGCACUUCUUUGGAUGUUGUUGUGGGGUCUUUUGUGACCUCAUGCGGUCAUUUUGGUUGGUCGGACACUCCUGGGAAGGUUCACCACUGUUCCAUGUUUUGGCCAUUGGUGAUUAUGGCUCUCACUGUGGUUGGCUGGAGUCCCAAAGCUUUAAAAAUUGUUUUAUAACUUUUUCCACAGUGAUAGAUCUCAAUUCAUCUCUUAAUUUAUCAUUUAGGGGGGAAUCACUUUUUCACAGCAGUGUAAGCAGACAGGUGGAGCAUUGCAUGCACGCUGCAUGAAGGUUUGGUAUGGAGUGAUGUCAUUUCCUGAGUGAGGAUAAGAGUUGAGGCAGUGAAAGGUUUGGAGGUUGCACUGUAGAAGGGCGAGGAGCCAAGGUUUCCAACAGAUGAGUGAACCCAGGUGAUGGAGAGGACGUGAAGGUACUGAAUGAGAGCACUGACGGGACACUUUCUCCAUCUCCUCCAACAUGUCAGCUUGUAUAUUUUCCAGAUUUCAUUUUCUACAAUCAACUUUGUCUAGUGGUGUACAAAUGGAAAGUCAUGUAUUUUCUUGUUUUUUCAGGUAUACCAAAUGUAAAUUUUGUACAAUGAGUGUGCCAACCCCCCCCCCCCCCCCCCCCUUUUAUUUGUAAAGCAGACUCUUGACUUGGUGAUGAGAAGAAGUGCCAAUUUUGGGAAGAAUCAGGGCCUGUGAAUGUCAUGGUCCAAGACUAGAUAUGUCAUGAUGGGUUAGGAAAUCCUUUAUUAAGAUUAUUCAUCUGCUGUUUUUAUAAGCUCAACUGAUUGCAUGUGUUUGUCGGGGAGGGGGGUAUUUGAGAUGGAAAGCCUUGUGCUUACUGAUGAUGAUUGAUUCCAGUAUUUUAGCCAUGUUUCUCUUUUCUAUGUUUCAUUUCAACCACUGUUGCCUGAACCUCAUUCUACUACUUUCAUAGCCGCCUCCUUUUCAAUGUUUGCAUUUGGAAUAAAAUAUCUUCCUAUUCUCAACCCACCUCCUCUUUAGCCCCACGGCCACACAAUGUACACCAAAGUCCGCUCAUACACUUAGAACUGUUGACUCACAAGGAUAAAAAAAGAUUGUACAUUUGCACGUAAAACUUUCUCAGUUUACUACCAUAAGGUGGGGAAGUUAACCACAAUGACUUCAAAUUCAGAAGGAAAAAGUAAAUUUUACUCCAAUUUACGCAUUUACAAAAUUAAGUUUACAAGAAAAACUGAUCGGAAUAGUUCUAAAUUUAUAAGAAAAAAAAUCUUAGAACAGUUAAAUUCACAACAAAAAUAAUGUACAUUUCUGUGUUCCUAGUGUAUGUACCACUUUUGUUACAUAACGUUACACCAUGUUCCUAGUGAAUGUACCACUUUUGUUACAUAACGUUUGUCGUGUCUCUAGUAAAUGUACCACUUUUGUUACAUAACGUUACACCGUGUUACAUAAUGUCACACCAUGUUCCCAGUAAAUGUAACUUUAUUGUUUGUUUGUUUUUUCGUUUUUUCACCCUCUACAGUAUAGUAUAUUUACGUAGUUCUUUAUAGUUAUAUAGUAUAGAACAACCGUUUAUGACUUUAAAAAUACACUUUUAACAUGA